AAAAAUAAAAAAAAUAAAAAAAAAUAAAAAAAGAAAAGAGAAAAAAAAAAAGAGGGAAAUAAAAAAAUGUAUCUGGAACCUUCUUCCUCCUCACCCGAAUUUCUCCUUUUCCUUCCCUUCCCAAAACCAGCCAACAGCUUCCUCCCAAACCAGCCGGCGGCCACGUGCCCAGCCAUCACCAUGCCCUACUCCCCCUCUCACCGAGCCUGUGCCCCUACCUCCCCUUUUGCGCGAACCAGCUCCCUCUGCUCUCUGCGCCCAAUCACCAGCCCUGCACUGAGCCCGCCUGCUGCACCAGCUAUGCACGCCCGAGCCAUCAUCGCCCCUCGCACGCCCGGCCUUGCUCUACCCUACCCCCUGCCACACCUGCGCCUCUGCUGCUGCACCGAACCAGCCCUGCACUUACCGCCUGCACCGUGCCUUCUGCGCCCAGAUCCCGGCAAUCAUACACCCCUACAUGCCUGAGCCCACUUCCAGCAAUCAUACCUCCCCUACACACCAACCCAGAUCCCCUUUGCUCUGCUCCCCCUGCCCUGCACCGAGCCCAGACCCCUAGCCCUGCUGCCUGCGCCCCUACUGCUGCACCCGAGCCUGCAACCGCCUGCGCCCCUGCUGCCUACGCCCUUGCUUGCUCUGCACCCGAGCCUCGCUCUGCACCAGAUCCCCUUGCCGCCUGCUGCGCCGAACCCACGUUGCUUGCACGCCUGCUCUCUGUGCCAGCAUCAUGACCCUGCACCGAGCCUUGCUGCACCCUUGCUGCACCCCUGCUGCUCUGCCUCUGCACGCUACAGCAGCUCCAGAUAAAUUAGCAUUAAUAUUGAUCGACAGAGCAAGGCUUUUUUUUUUUUUUUUUUCUUUUUUUUUUCUUUUUUUUUUGUGUAUAUAUAUAUAGAGAAAAAUCAGAUUGAAAGAGGGGUGGUUGGUUGAUUUUGGGUCUCGUUGUUGGGGAGUUUCGUCUGAGUUUUUGAGAGCAAUAGAAGGGGAUUUUUGGAGCUCAGUUUUUGGGGGGUUUUCUGGUUGAUUUUCGUGUUCUUCUUUUUGGGAGCUGGAAGGAGUUUUCUUCUGGUUUUGAGUUUGGUGUUGACGGCAGAGGAAAGGGAAUUUUUUCUGCUAGAGGGAGCCUGUUUUGUGAGAAGGGAUUGUCAAGGUUGCAAGAGGGAUUCUAUUUUCUGGAGUGGCUAUACUUAGGUAUACCUCUGAACAGAGAAUUUUUGUUAGGAAAAUGGUGAAAGAGAUGGUGGAAGCUUGAUCCCGUGGGUGGGAUCCCUUCCAUCAGAUCCAGAUCCGUUUUUCUUAAAAUUCGCCGUGUUUGUCUUUCUGUGGGUGUUUAUUUUUUUUAUCUGAUGUUAAGAUUGAAUGUGUUUUCUUGAAAAAAUGAAUGAAAAGCCAAAAGAAAUUAUCCAGUUCUUC